AUUCUGUCAGAUCCAGCUGCUACUGCUAUACCUUGUUAUAGUUGGAUCGGCCCAAUUAUUUCCAUCUGAUGCGUGAAAAGUAACUGCCUCUUCCAAUCGAGAUAUCUGAUAUUAGCUGGGUUAUUUUCUUCAGCUAUUAGUUGGUGCCCACAUAUAUCCUCAAAAUCCUGUCAUUCACUCGGGAGCUCAGUUAAUUUCAGUUUAUAAGGUCGGUGAUGGUGAUGAGAGCAAGUGGCAGGGAUAUCUUACCGUGACACAUUUGUCUGGAUCAUCAUAAUAUUUCAUUUAGAAUGAACGUACACAGAUUACAUGUUUUGGCGGCUCUAAACUGACUGGUCUUGUUCGUUCGAAAUCUUUGAACAUUAUGGUGCCACUCCUUUAUAUUUAGCUUCCAUUAAUAGUUCUCUUUUUUAUUUUUUAUUUAUUUGAAGUUCUCAUUUUCUGUGUCUUUUGGUGGGUUUUUAAAUGGGUGGGGAGAGAGAGGGAAGACAUGUUAUGGAUAUAUUAUAGCUUCUAUACAUAUGGCAUUUUGAUAAAUUACAAAACUACAAUUUUGAUAAAUUUUGAAUUCAUCUCAAAAUACUGAGCUAAUUGAUGGAGCUAUUAUGUUUUUUUCCUUCCCAGUCUUCACGAUUCAGUUGAUGCUUGUACCCUUGAAUUAUUUGUUGGUGAUCUAGACCGCUAGUUUUCUUUUCUUUUCUUUUUUUUACCUUAUAAUUUUUGUUUAUAGGGUUCGCAUGAUAUAAAUAAAAUUCCGUUUCUGGCUGAUGUCAAGUGUGGAAUGCCAUUUCUUAUUAACCAAAUAGAAUAUAUGAUAUGCUUUAUCUGCAGCAUGAUAUGAUAAAUCAUGUUUUACCUGCAAAGUCUUAUUUCUUCCAUGUUUUCUCCUUUUCUUUGUUAUUAACAUUGUUCCCACUUAAGGUUAAAAGGAUGGAAGUUAUUGCUCGACGAUGCCCCUUUUAUGUUAUUCCCGGUGGUAGGCUUUGAUGAAACCGUUUCUGGAAGGUGGAUUAGCGCCAAUAAAAGUGUCAUGUCCGUGAACAUGAAUUCUGGAAAAUCUGACGCAGUUGUUGCCAUCCUUCUAAGUUGCAACGAUUUCGUUCACUCUUGCGAUAAUGCACUCUGGAGCAGUUAUUUUCGAGUGUCCAAGCAUGAAACUGCAAACUACUGUUUCAGUUUUGAGGGGAACAUUGUUUUUGUGGAUGCCCUGAAGAGACAAUAACCAAUGUUCCUUUCCCCAGAGGAGGAUACGCAUUCUCAGUGGGAUUCAGCCCAACUGUAAGUAUGCAUCCUUUAUGAUGGAGGCUCUGGAAAGUGGACUGGUUCAAAACCCACCAAUGACCAAACUGAAGAUAACCUCAAGUCCUUAUGUCAAUGUAGUUGAAGUUCUUGGAAAAAGCAAAGGGAUCCCUUAUGAUUGCACAGUGGACCCUCCAUUCAUUGGGGGCAUUUGGUACAUUUUUUUGCCCAAGUCAAAGGGCAUGAGAUUGGAUAUUUCUAAUUCAAUCAACGCCAUAUUGAGAGAAGCUAAUAAUGCCUCGGGAUCUGCGUCAGCACUCUUUAUUGGAGGGUUUUCAAUAAUAGGCAUGAGCAAGGAUGGAUUGCAUCUAAAGCUGACACCAGACUCGAACGAGACUAACAUAACUAUUUUGGGUAACACAGAUGUUGAAAUCCACUGGCAAGCCCAAGAAAUGAUGAAGACAAGUCCAACAAGAAGAGAAUAUUCCGGCGUCGGAGGUUCUGCCGUGCAUGAGGUCAGAGGUCGGAAAUAGAUGUUAGGUACAAGACUGGAGAGAAGAAGACAACAUUCGUCCGGGAAAUAAUCUCCAUUUAGUUGGGCAUUCCUGUGUCUCUUGCGAUCUUGAUAGUAACCAUAGCCAUAUUUCUCAGCAUUUUCUCCCAGCCAAGCAGAAGCCCCCCGUCCAUAUCCCCGUCCACCCCACAAGGAUUGACACCUGCUUCACCUAGCAGAAGCCCUGGUGGAGUUAGUACCACAAGCGAUCAGUCUCCUUGGACUCCCCGGCAUUCUGUGGACUACGUGAGGAGGACGAUAGAUGAGACCCCUUAUUACAGGCGAGACGGGGCUAGGCGAAGUUUCAAUCCUCAGAAUACUUACUAGAGACAAGAUAGAUCGCCUCAUUGAAUAUUGGGUUUUCCAUAAUAUCGAUACCUGCUUGUGUUGUUUUGCAUAGUCUUCAACUAUGCGGUUUUAGGGUGAAGGGGAGACAUUAGAAGAGAUAGAGAGUUGACCCGCCCCACCCGCGGAAGA